ACGGCGUUCGGUCUAUGGAAGCACUCAUGCGGCGAAUCAAGUGUCAACCGCAUAGCAAAUGGAGACUCUACGGCAACGGGGGAAUGGCCCUGGGUGGUUAAAUUGAAAUUUUGCAACAUGGAAAGUUGUUCUAACUGUGGUGGAUCACUGAUUAGCGAUCAGUGGGUACUAACAGCGGCCCAUUGUACUACUACUACUGACAAAUACAUUAAGGCCAUAUUUGGUGGUGACGACUUAACAACUCAAAGAAAUAUUACAGUUUACCCAACUCAGCAAAACAUUUACACUCACGAGAAAUACAACGAAGAUAAUAAAAGUAUACACAAUGAUAUCGCACUUAUCAAGUUAGACGACAAGCUAGAUCUCAAUAUCAAUAUUCAGCCGAUAUGUUUAUCAAGUAAUAUAAUAUUACCUGACAACCCUACAUGCGUGGCCAUUGGUUGGGGUCGAACAGAAAGCGAUAAACCGUCAAAAACACUGCAAAAAGUCAAACUUCCAAUGGUGCAAAAUAAAAAAUGUGAUAUUCAAUUGUGCGCAAAGAAUACCGAGCGAGCUAAUGCCGAUGUAUGUAAGGGUGACAGUGGUGGACCUUUAAGUUGUCAAAUGGGCCAAGGUACUUGGGUGCAAACUGGUAUUGCCUCAUAUGUGGACGGAUCGCGUGAUUGUGGAAUGGCAAGAAAACCGAGCGUAUUUACACGCGUCUCCGCCUAUAUUGAUUGGAUUGAUGCAAUUACUGCCGAACCAAAAUUAUUUCGUGACAAAAAUAAUGGA